UUGUGAGCGUGGUUAUAGUUCCUCAAGACGUCGGCCGUGCAACGCCUUUGAAGGAAGCCGAACAGAAAGUUCAGCCGAAGAUACCUGGGAUAACGAUACUACGAAGGAAUCAAACCAUCGGGUGUUCGUUCGUCCGUCCGGCCCGGUGCUGGCAUACCUCGGGCUGUCUUGUUUAGAGAUUCGCUUUCCUUCUCCCAGUCUUCUUCCACGACCACGCAGUGUUCCCAGAGCUUCUUCACUACUACUGCUCGAUGAUGACGAGGCGGCGAAGGAUUCUGCCGAGCGGUCGACCGAGCGAGCUGGUUCCCUGCUUCGGCCUCCUGACGCGGAGGCCCUCCAGGUCGUAGUACCACCACGCCGUCCCUCCUGGAAGGACCCCGGAUCGAGUGGACAUCGCCGCCGGGUCCAGCAACUCAGCGCAUCCCAAAGCUUUAUGAAGCGGAGCAGCGGUAGUGAUAACGUGCCACCGGUGUGACUCAGCAGACGCGUCUGCUACGGGUACAUAUCGUCGCCUGAUUAUACUCCCGAGAAGAACAGUCAUCCGUGAGUGAAUCGCGGUCGUUUUAUUGUGCGCAAUUUAAAAGCGUACUACUACUGGGCAGCCCAGAGAGCAGGCUGUCAAACAGUUCCUGUUGUGAGACGGAAAAAGUGCUGUUCGCCGAAGGUGAUGUGGACGGUGGCGAUCGGCAACGUCCAGUCGCAAUGACCGUGAGGACUCAGCUCGUCGUGGUCUUUCUUCUAGUCAGUUUCGGACUCCUGGUGGCUGCUGGUCAGUCCAAAAAGAAUGGCCAGGUCAAGAAAGGGAAAAUCUGCAUCGGCACAAAUGGCCGAAUGUCGGUUCCAUCGAACCGAGAGCACCACUACCAGAACCUCAGGGACCGCUACACAAAUUGUACAUACGUGGACGGGAACCUGGAGCUGACAUGGCUACAGAACAAGAGCCUGGACCUGAGCUUCCUGCGCGACAUCCGCGAGGUGACGGGUUACGUGCUCAUCUCUCACGUGGACGUGCAACGCAUCCUGCUGCCGAGCCUGAUGAUCAUCCGGGGCCGCAGCCUGUUCAAGCUGAACGUGCACGACGAGGAGUUCGCGCUCAUCGUGACUCUGUCCAAGAUGGAGAACCUCGAGCUGCCGGCGCUUCGCGACAUCCUGCGCGGCAACGUGGGCUUCUUCAACAACUACAACCUGUGCCACGUGCGCCACAUCCAGUGGGACGAGAUACUGUCCGGCCCACCGGCGCACAUGGUCUACGUGUACAACUUCACGCAGCCCGAGCGAAGCUGUCCGCCGUGCGACGCGUCGUGCCGCGGCGGCCACUGCUGGGGCGAAGGGCCGCACAACUGCCAGAAGUUCUCCAAGGUGAACUGCUCGCCGCAGUGCCACCAGGGCCGCUGCUUCGGCCCGGAGCCGCGGGAGUGCUGUCACCUGUUCUGCGCCGGCGGCUGCGUGGGACCCAAGCAGAGCGACUGCCUGGCCUGCCAGAACUUCUACGACGACGGCGUGUGCAAGCAGGAGUGCCCGCCCAUGAUGCGCUACAACCCCAACACCUACUCGUGGGACUACAACCCGGACGGCAAGUACGCGUACGGCGCCACCUGCGUCAAGGACUGUCCCGAGCACCUACUGCGCGACAACGGCGCCUGCGUGCGCAACUGUCCGCCCAACAAGAAGGCGCAGCAGGGCGAGUGCGUGCCCUGCGACGGACCUUGUCCAAAGAAUUGCCAAGGGGUGAGCGUCGUCAACUCAAUCAACAUCGAGGACUUCCGGGGCUGCACUAUAAUCGAAGGUUCCCUUACCAUCCUGGACUCCACUUUCAACGGCUUUCAGGAAGUUUACGCCGAUUUCUCGUUCGGUCCACGCUACGACAAGAUGGACCCGAGCAAAUUGGAAGUGUUCAGCACGCUCAAGGAAGUCACUGGCUACGUCAACAUCCAGGCUUCGCACCCAAACUUCACGUCGCUGUCGUACUUUCGGAAUCUAGAAGUCAUCGGUGGCCGGACGCUGACAGACGGCAUCCAUGGUCACUUAGUUUCCCACCUCACACACGAGUCCAAGGGGCACGACAGGUAUUUCGCCGCCUUGUACAUCGUGAAGAGUUCGCUGAAGUCACUCAACCUGCGGAGCCUGAAGAAGAUCCGCUCGGGCAGCAUCGCCAUCCUGGAGAACAAGGACCUGUGCUUUGCCGACAGCGUCGACUGGUACCAGGUCAUGAAGUCCAACGCCCACAACGUGCUGCUUCAGCGGAACGCCGACAAGGCCGACUGCGAGGCACAAAAGCUCGUAUGCCAUCCCCAGUGUUCCUCAAGUGGUUGCUGGGGCCCAGCAUCAAACGAAUGUCUUUCCUGCAAAUCAUACCGGCUAGAUGAUACCUGCAUUGACAAGUGUGACACAUCAAAAGGCAUCUACGAUGAUGGGAACUUUGUGUGCAAACACUGCCAUGAAGAAUGUCUCGGUGAAUGUUCUGGUCCCGGAGCUGGCAACUGCAGCAAGUGUCGACAUGUUCGUGAUGGGCCUUACUGCGUCAAGCAGUGCCCCGAAUCAAAGUACAAUCAGUCGGGCUUCUGUAUGCCCUGCCAUGAAAACUGUGUCGGAGGGUGCACUGGACCGAACAACACCGUUGGACCUGAUGCUUGCAAUUCCUGCGAAAAGGCUAUUGUCAGCGCAUACGACCCCAAUGUCGUGGAACAAUGCUUGAAAGCAGAUGAGGCCUGUCCAGAUGGAUUCUACCACGAGUAUUUUGGUCCACAGGAGGAAGGAGCUCUCAAGUCCUUGACUGGAAAAUCGGUCUGUCGCAAAUGCCACCAGCGUUGCAAGAACUGCACGUCUUACUCCAUCCAUGUCUCGGUUUGCGAGUGCCUGCACUACAGCAGCGGAGAGCAGUGCGAGGAUCGUUGCCAAAGAGACCACUUUCCCGACGAGGCUAACCGGCGGUGCCUUCGGUGUCACGACGAGUGCCGGGGCUGUUACGGACCCACGGCAGCCCACUGCACCAAUUGUCGUAACUUCCGUAUCUACGACUCAGAAAAUCGUACUCAGUUCAACUGCACUGCCACCUGUCCUCCCGAGAAGCCAUACAAGGUAUUUGCUGACACCACAACCAAGGACCCACACUGCUCUGAAGAAGAUCCCAACCAGAUGGCUCUGCAUGGCAGGACAGAGGAAGACCACUUGCCUGCAAUCCUUGCCAGUGCUGGUGGCUGCAUCUUGUUGCUGGGUAUUUUCUUGGCCGUGUUCAGCUACCACUGGUUCCAGAGAGCCAAAACCAAAGAGAACACAGUCAAGAUGACCAUGCGGAUGAGCGGUUUUGAAGACAAUGAGCCUCUGAAGCCGACAGACAUCAAACCCAAUCUUGCCCAGCUAAGGAUUGUGAAGGAAGCCGAGCUUCGUAAAGGCGGCAUCCUGGGCUAUGGAGCCUUUGGUACAGUCUACAAGGGUGUCUGGGUGCCCGAGGGUGAAAAUGUGAGGAUACCAGUUGCCAUCAAGGUUCUUCGUGAGGACACCGCGCCAAACACGAACAAGGAGUUUUUGGAAGAGGCGUACAUUAUGGCGAGUGUGGACCACCCCAAUGUUCUGAAGCUGCUGGCAGUUUGCCUGACAUCGCAGUUGAUGCUGGUCACACAGCUGAUGCCUCUUGGCUGCCUGCUCGACUAUGUUCGCAACAACCGCGACAAGAUUGGCUCCAAGCCACUGCUGAACUGGUGCACCCAGAUUGCACGGGGUAUGGCCUACCUGGAAGAGAAGCGUAUGGUUCAUCGUGACCUCGCCCUGAGAAAUGUCUUGCUUCAAACGCCUGGCUGUGUGAAAAUCACUGACUUCGGUUUGGCCAAGCUGCUCGACAACAAUGAGUUUGAGUACAAGGCAGCUGGCGGCAAGAUGCCCAUCAAAUGGCUGGCAUUGGAGUGCAUACAACACCGCAUCUUCACACACAAGAGUGAUGUCUGGGCAUUUGGUGUGACUGUUUGGGAGUUGCUCACAUACGGCAUGCGACCUUAUGAAAACGUCUCCGCACGAGAUGUGCCCGAUUUGCUUGAGAAGGGAGAGAGGCUCAACCAGCCAUCAAUUUGCACCAUCGAUGUCUACAUGAUCAUGAUCAAGUGCUGGAUGCUUGAUGCUGGAUCACGUCCCUCCUUCAAGGAACUGGCCGAAGAGUUUGCCAAAAUGGCUCGCGAUCCAGGGCGUUACCUGGUCGUUCCCGGCGAUAAGCUGAUGCGCUUACCAAGCUACACUCCACAGGAUGAGAAGGAACUCAUCCGAAACCUGAGCAUGCCCAUGGAAGGCUCAGAGGUCAUCAUGGACGCUGAGGAGUACCUGCAGCCCAGGGCUCAGCCGAGCAUGAUCGUAGGUGCUGAGCAGGCUCCGCCACCUACACCAAUCAAGAAAUUCAUGGACGACCGUGGAUUUGAGGAGGAUCCCACUGUUGGAGUUCCAAACCCAGCAGAGUUCUUCCCCACCAACAUGGUUCCACAUCCCGACAUGAACGGGGGCUGCCACGCCAAUGGUAUGAACCCUCGCUGCCGAGAGAACAGCCUGAACCAGCGCUACUGCUCUGACCCGCUAAAGCUCCUUGGAAAAGAUGCUGAGGAAGGAGAUGACGACGCCUUCUUGCACAAUGCGGCAACACUUCCAAAAGGAGCCAAGCCAAGCGACAUGCGUAUGUCCCUGCCGGUGGACGAAGAUGACUACCUGAUGCCUUCACCACGAUCCAAGGGCCUCUCCACCACUUACAUGGACUUGAUUGGGGACAGUCGCUACUCAAACGGUGUUGAUGGCCUCGACCCUCGUCUUCAGGGCUACGGGGGCUUCAUGCCCGACUUUGUUCCUCCCAACGGCCAGGCACCGUUACAGGGUGUCGACAACAUUGAGUACCACCUCAUGAACAACCGCAACGGGCCGGCUCAUCCAUUGGCAAUGCAACUGCCUCGUGACCCAGGUCCCCAGUACGUCAAUACCUGCCCCCUGGGUUCUCCAACCACGGUGGUCCCUCCUCAGCAGCCCGGUGUGGUGACCCGCAAACAGCACAGCUCCGACGAAGACACCGACGACCACGAGUAUUACAACGACUACGACCGACUCAAGCGGGAGCUUCAGCCGCUCAACCAUCGUAGCCGGAGUGAAACGACGGUCUAGUGACAAUGCUCCAAGCUGUGCGCGUGACAGAAACUUGUCGCUGCAGUCGUCUCCAGUUGUAGCCAGGCUGGCUGUGGGAAAGCUACUGCGUCUCCUUUCAUGUUAGGAAGCAGACUCGGUCAAGUCAAGCCGUCUCUGCUGGUAUGGCAUGUAGACAACAACCAAAGUUGGUGCGCAAGGGGGCAUCUGAGAAUUUGCUAUUUCCAUUAUUCAUUUCACUUCACUUAUGUGAUCAAUGUUGCUGGCAAAAUUUUGAAUGUACAAAUAUUUUUCGGCAGGACACUGAAUUUUAUAUCUCUUGUGAAAAGUCAUUGCAGUCUGGUUUGAAUCAGAUGAAAGAGAUAAUUUGCUUAGAGAGCCAUAAUCAAUUAAAUUUUUUAAGAAUUAACAGAGAAAUUCUCGUUACCAAAGCACUGUGACAUUUAUCACCCAGUGGCAGAGUGAAACUUCUCCAUUCUUCUAACAAAAGUCUUCAGAGACUGCAGCUGUCGGCAGAACACAGAAAAAAAACCCUUCAUGCAAAGCAUUGAGUGAUCUCAGUCGUCUCUCCUGACAAAAGGCUUUCCAUUUGAAAGCAGCCAGCAGUGCGCAACGAGGAGCUCUGCAUCUGAGUGAAAGUCUUGCAUUUUGUUUCGACACUAGCACCUUCCAUUGCCGCCUGCUUCUGGUCACGUCAAGUCACCUCGUCGAGGCUUCAGCAGUGAACGCAGACUGUGACCGGUGUUGACUGUGGGUUAUAUCAACCGAGGACUCUGGAGAGGCAAACGAAGACGCGUCACCGUGGGACCAGUUAUCAUUUCCAGGAACUUGAUAUUUCCCAUGUGCUAUUUAUUUUCGUGGAACACACACGAGACUGUGAAAACGGAGCCAGGUGUCUUCAUUCAGGACUGUGCUUCCUUUUAAAAAGGUCACUAAAGUUUGGUGCAGUUUGAUGUAUAUAGUAUACAUAACUCUCCCAUUUUUUUUAUCGCCUUCCCUAUUUCUCGGAAGUGCAUACAUUUUUUUGUGAGCUGUGCCCAAAACAUUGCCACUGUAGUCUUUUAUUUGUCCUUUUUUUUGCAUGAACUUGCCACAUUGUGCUACUAAGGAGAGCCGUUUCGUGUGCCUACUGCCAUCCUGAAAUUACUGAGCUGUCUUUUUCGUUCCUCGUGGCUUGAUUAGCGCAUUGAUGUCUUCCGUGCCUAACGACAUCAGCGGGUGCAUGUAAUGCAUAAGCUUUCAGUAUUACAACUCAUCCGAGUGCCAUAAGACAUUGCUAUCACUUCACUAACUCGUGCAACAAUAAUUGGUUGACUCAUCGACUUCCUAUCGACACAACAAUCGCUUUGUAUAUGUUGUUAAGUUUCUAUGAACAUACUUUUUUUAGCAAGGCCCGGGAAGAGCCGGCAUUUACAAGGACUUUAAACAUCAUUGCACAAGGUGUGUAGUGCCUGUGUGCAAAGAUUGGUCUGUUUGGGGUCAAAUUGCAAAUGAUGUCCUUUCACUACUGAAACCUGUAGCAGGGUUUGGUUUUGAUUUCCUCUUUCCUUUCAUGGAACAUACCUGGUGAUUACUACUCAAGCAGCUGAAGAGCAUGCUUGAAUCACUCCACUGGUUGUGAAUGUCUGUAAAGAGUGCAUUCUAAUUGUCGAAUGCAGACGGUGACUCAUUUUUACUUUUCAGUUACAUUUAAUACAGUCAUGGCACAUUUUAAAAAUCUGAGAUUGUGUUGAAUUGUGCCUUAUAUUUUUGUUUUUUACACAUACACAUCCUUGAAACUUCUGUUUUGUCGCAUGUGAUGCUGAAAUUGUUGCCAGAGUUUUACAAACAAUGGUUCCUGCAAGCAGAGGAGCAGAUAUUUUGCUUUAAGACAUUUUUUUAUGUUGAAUUGUUCCAAGUAAAGUACAACAGAAUAGAGGUGAAUUUGUAGGAGGGACCAAAACAGAUCAUUUCAGCAUAUCAUAUCAACCCUGUUGGCAGCAAAAGGCCAAUGCUACCAACAUUUCUAUUCUUUCCUUUCAGGUGCAGACUAAAUUCAUUGUAACCUAGACUCGUGUCCCACACUGCCUCGUGAUCAUUGUAACAGCAUUUGACUUGCCACAAUACUUUUUGAUCUUUACCUGUAUAUACGUACAUUUUAAAACUUCUCAACUGGCUUCAACAGGAAAGCUCUACUGAAUAAGCUCACCUCAUUAGGCUCAGCUAAGCUGCAUGUUUGCGCAUGUUAUGUAUGUAUUGUACAAAGUGUGUUUUACCAAUGAGUGUCAACUUCCCAAGUUUUACAUAGUCCUGUUAGGAGCAGUUUAGGGUACAUUCCUAGUGAGACUGCUCCCUAUGUGGGGUACCUCCGAAGAGUGGAAAAUUUUAAAGAUGAGAGUUGUAUUUGCUAUAUGGUACAUUAAUAAAAUUACUUCUCCAAUAAA